GGACUUUCAAGCAGUCGGUAGUCCUUUGAGGGACGGCCGCGGGACACCCGUGUGCGCGCUUGCACGGGUCCUUUAAUUUUUUGAGUCAUUGUAGCAUUCACGUCAUGGAUUCGUAUUCUCCUUUGAUCGUCUUGUAAGUCUCUUGUGUGUUCUUCUCGAUUAAGUUGCUACGUUUGGGAGUUUUGGAGAUGUUCAUUUUCACAGUCAUCGCAUGUCAGGUAUCGAUUUCCUCUUUCCGUUGGUGUCAUUUUCAACACUCUGUCUUCAAUGGUGGCUCAGUUAUGAGGGUUCAAAGUAUGGGAUUGCUUGGCUGAAAACCUGAAAACCGUAGCCAUGCAUGAAGUUUUCUUGCGAAGAAUUGUGCUCGCCCGGUAUUUCAAAAGAACACGAACUUCAGAAUCUCCAUGCAAAAUUGUUCGUGUUCUGUUGAAUCUCCAUGCAGAAUCUACAAAGAUGAGCUUAUUCGCUAUGAGUUAUCAAGUACUCCUGAAUGUGCGCGGGGAAAGAUAUCUAACUACCACGAAAACGCUUAGAAAUUGUCCGGAUACGAAUGACAAAAGUCUUUUCCUGAAGCUUUCUAUUCCGCGCACGGGAGAGCUCUAUCUCGAUAGAGAUCCAGAACUUUUUCAAUGUAUUUUCCUUUAUUUGCUGGAUGGAAAACUUGUGUUGCGAUACUACGACGACCUCUUAAUCGAAAUGCUUCAAGAAGAAGCAGAGUAUUUUGGUUUGCCUAGUUUGGCGCACAAAUUGAGCAAAUUGAAGCCAUUCCAAGGGGUUUGUAUCAUUGCAGCAAACGAAGAAACUAAGUAUUCUGAAAACACGGACUAUGAUAGCUAG